AUGUUGGCAUCAACUACACAAUUCCAGCGUGCGCAUUGGACAGAAGGUGGCGAGGAACACUGCAAGGAGCUUGCUGCCGCACUUCGCUGGACAGGCUGCAACACCCUGAGCAGCGACAUCAAGCAAUUUGCACUCUUGUGCGAGCAGAAUGUUGAAGCACUUUGGAGGAGCAAAGCAUGGGCCGUAGUGCAAGGCAGAGAAGAGGGCUUGCAGGCAGCAGUUGGAUUGGGAGUCUCUGCUAGUUUGACAGUGCUCCGCACUCCAAGGGAAGAUGUCAUUCCAAGUGAUCCUAAUCCACUGGUUGAGGAGCGAACUCUUGCUGAACGGUUGGCUGAAAGGCUUCGAGCCAAUGCGCAUUGGAUCACUCCAGAGGCUCAUCAAAGUGGCAAACAGCUGGUCGCUGAGGCUGAUGGCCUUGCCAAGGGCAACGUGGGACACGCACAGGCACGGCCUCGAGCUGGCUCAAAAAUGGACCAGGAGCAGGUGCAAGAAGAGGAACAAGAGGAGGAACAGGAGCAGGAACAAGAGGAGGAGCAGGAGCAAGAGGAAGAGAUAGAGCGUGAGGAUGAAGAGGUCGGGGCACUGGCCACCUUUCAAAGUUUCAAGGAGACUGCUGCUGAGCAGAAGUACUCCAGAGAAGACGAGGGUGUGCUGCUAUUUGUUGUGACUGACACUGCGACGGACUUUGCAAAUUGGCAACAUUGGAGCAGCGCAGCCAGCUAUCACAAUAUGCAAGGCAUUGUUGAGAGGAGAUCGUGCAAAAAGUCAGACCUCCCGAUUGUGCAUGGAAGCGUCCCAAUUCCUCUUCAUUGCUGGAAGGUGAAACACCAUGGAGUCCAGAUCUUCUCUCUCGAGAGCCCAAAUUUCUGGAUAGCAGCUGUCCUUUUUACGCUUGUUGUCGGGCCCUUAUCAAUGUGUAGUUAG